GUAGCUGUUAUGCUGUUGAAGUAGAAAGAGCAGAGGGAGACAUGGGGAGAAAGACGAUUUUGUUUCUCUUUGCUGCCGUCCUUAUGGCUUACAAUGCUUACACCCCUGUGCCAGAUGGCAUCGAGGAGCCUUGGAGGCUAGUGUGGGAAAUGACACAAAUGAAAAUGAUGACAGAUUUGGUUUGGAUGGCUGAACUUUUGGGAAUCAACCAUUUCAUGGACUCAAUGGUGUUCCUCAUGAGCUUACACAAUGUUCCACCCACUUCUGAUGAAAAUGUUGAUGUGAUGGACACAACUUUCAACAGUGUCCCUGUCCGUGUAUAUGUGCCAAAGCGACAGUCAGAAACACUCAGGAGGGGCUUAUUUUUUAUUCAUGGUGGUGGCUGGUGUUUGGGGAGUGCUGCCUAUUCCCCGUAUGAUGUUUUGUCAAGGCGGACAGCUGAUAGACUCAAUGCUGUUGUCGUGUCAACCAACUAUCGAUUAGCCCCCAAACAUCAUUUUCCAAGUCAAUUUGAAGAUGUAUAUAAUGCCUUACGCUGGUUCUUACAACAAGAUGUUCUUUCAAACUAUGGUGUGGAUCCUGAAAGGGUUGGAGUUUCUGGAGACAGUGCUGGUGGGAACUUAGCUGCAGCAGUGACCCAACAGCUUAUAAAAGACCCGGAUGUCAAGAUAAAACUCAAAAUCCAGGCCUUGAUAUAUCCUGCCCUUCAGGCUCUUGAUCUGGAUUUACCAUCAUAUCGAGAAAACUCACAUGGCCCAAUUUUAUCCAGAUCAGUCAUGGUCAGGUUUUGGAGUGAAUACUUUACAACAGACCAAUCACUGGAGAAAUCCAUGCUCUUCAACCAACACGUACCAAUGGAAUCGACCCAUCUUUUCAAGUUUGUGAACUGGAGUUCCUGGCUCCCUGAGAGGUUUAAGAAAGGCCACAUUUAUAAGAAUCCUGUUCCUGGUAGUUCUGAGCUGGGUAAAAAAUAUCCAGGUUUUCUAGAUGUGCGGGCAUCCCCCCUGUUGGCUGAUGACAAUAUAUUACGUCAUUUACCACUGACCUAUAUCAUCACUUGUCAGUAUGAUGUCCUAAGAGAUGAUGGACUCAUGUAUGUCACACGGCUUCAGAACGCUGGAGUUCAAGUGACCCUUGACCACAUUGAGAAUGGAUUUCAUGGGGCAUUUUCCUUACAUAAGCUAAAAAUUUCAAACAGGUUGGAAAAUAAAUAUAUGAGAUGGCUUAUGGAAAAUCUAUAGCAGAAAUCUGUACUAUGAUGAUACAUGAGCAACAGAAUGAGAAAUAAAUGAUUAAACAUCAAAGUGUUGAUCUUU